GUCAGUACGUUGUGAGCAUUCACACUGUUAACAUCUGUCUCUUUUUCCCUCUAUCUCCGGUUAUUCUCACCUUUGAAGGAAAAUAAAAGACAUUAAAUACAGUGUUAUGAAAUUGAUUAUAUCUUCUGAGGCUGUGAAAAUUCUCUCUGAGAUUUUUCCUACCAAAUAAUCUCAUCGAGAAUUGCAAGAUUCAGUAGAGUGCUUAUGAAGAAAAAAACGUUAAUCUGAAAAAGAAAUUUUAAGAGCUGACUGCAAAAAUUUCCUCAUAAUCCAAAGUGAAGUUAGAGAAGAAAUUGCAAAGUCUUAUGAGAAUUAACUCUCCAUAAAUACUUUUUUUUUGUGCAAUCAAAUAAUUGCUAUUUUAUUAUCCACCUCAAUCACAAAAUUGUUAAAUGUAGUGAGUGGCUUUUAUUGUUAUUAUUUUAUACACAUUUACAAUCCAUUUCCACUUUGGUUGUGUGUUAAGUGCAAAAGAGUUCAAUUCCAUUCAUUACAGCGCAAAGUCAGGUGAAAUUGUGCGAAGUUUUUCAUCUCUAACACAAUAAUAUCUAACAAUAUAUAAUAAUAAAAAAGAGAGAAGACGCGCAAAAUAGCCAACAAAAAAAUCUACAAUACAUAGGCAAUAUAAAAAAAAAAUAAUUUGGAAUAAAACUAGGCUAAAUGGUGCUACCAAUAUCACUCGGCAACAUUCAAUAAAAUAUAAAUAACAACGAGUUGAAUAAAAUAAUCGAGUUUGAUGAAGUUUUUUCCCCAACUUUUCCAACUCGUUUUCCAGCAGUUGAAAAACUUUUCAAACAUCAUCGUCUUAUCAUCAAACAGUUCGUGCUGAAAACUUUAGGAAGGUGCACUAAGGAGGCAAUUGAGGGACAUUUGAGAACACAAAAUCACUUUGGACAGCACUUGGACACGAAGGUGGAGAGAAUGAGAUGCAAUUCCGGAUUCCUCAGGUGGCCGCCACUUUUAGUCAUCAUUGGAUCAUGCCUCUACCUGCUCUUGACAUUCAACACAGUAAAUUCCAGUCCACUUCAUCAGAGACAUGCACGUAUGAUAAGGGAGCAGGAGAAUGAGCCAAUUAUCAAUCUCCAAAAUGGAUCAGUCGAAUAUCAAUACGUUGCGAAGGAGAGUGCAGAAAAGUGUCUUUUGGAUGGAGUUCUGGUGCCAAAAAGUCAUGCCACGUGCGAUUCAAAACCCGGUUGUCGUGUGAUUCAGAAGACCGGCGAAUGUUGCCCAGAAUUUCAGUGUCAAUGCGAACGAGACGGUAAAAUUUAUGCCACCGGCGAGAAGCUCGUUGAUCCAGAAACACCUUGUCGAGUAUGCUACUGUCAAGGUGGUGAAUUUAUUUGCAACAAUGUUACUUGCUACAUUAGAAAUGACUGCGAACCAAAGUACAUCGCUGGAAGAUGUUGCCCGGAGUAUGACAAUUGUCCACCUCUUGAGAACGUUAAAGUUGGUCCAACUGAAAUGCAAUUGGUCACAUCUCCUGUGGAUACAGCAACCACCCAAACUCUGGACAAUAAAGAUGCAAGUACAACAGUACGCUCCACGAUCCUCUAUCCUCUGCCCAACAAUAAUCAACUUGGGAUAAAAAUCAAAGAAAUCACCAAGGUGGAAGAGAUUAGAAUAACGAAUCCGCCCAAGAUUGAUUCGCUUCCCACAGCUAAGACUCACAUGAGCACAGACACCACAGCCGAGACACCUCGUUCCACAACUCCCGCAAUUUUUCCAGUGGCGUCGACCGAGGGCAGCGGAGUGAACAAACUGGAGGAUAUUGAGAUGGAGCAGGAAGAAUCCACCAGGGAUACGAACAAGAGUGUCCGACAGACUGUGACUGAGGAGAAUCUUGUGGUGAAGGCACCAGAGGAUGUCAAUAUGACUGAAAUAUCCACGACUGAAGAUGACCUAGAGAAUUUCCAGUCCAGUACUCAGCCGACUGAUGCAAAAUUGUAUCCGGCUGUUGUGCAGAUGGGAGAUAGGGUGGUGAUUGUGGAUCACAAUGGAAAGAACAAGCCCAUUACAAUUGUAGGAGUUGAGGGAUUGCAAUUGGGAGGAGAGGAUCUCGAUCACAUUGAGAUGUCCUCAACUGCAGGUACUCCAAGUACAAGUGAUUGGUCUGUGGCUUCAGCGGAUGAUUCUACAAAUGAAAUUUUCGAGGUGGAUUCAUCCAGUGGGACAACAGAGAUGCCGUAUGUUGAGCAGGAACGCUACGAAGAGGAGCAGGAUCAUCAGGGUGCAUCUAGCAGCAAUGUAUUCCUCAUAGCUUCGACGCCGAUUGUGGAGAGUUCAGGAGAACUUCUUGUGCUCAAUGGAACGUUCAACGAUGAGGAAAAUGACACGCUCUACGACACAACAAUCUACAGUCCGGAUGGUGGUUCUAAUGAGACGGAAACCUUCGAUACAACUUAUUUCCGGGAUGAGGAAUCUACGGAAAAUGACACAACGGAGAACUGGCUCAAUGCCAGGGGAUUCUCGGCCACGAGUGAGGAAGACACGGUGAGUACUUCGCCGGCUUUUGAGGAGAGUGUCAGUCAUCCGGACACAUACAUUGAGGAAGACGAACUGGCCAACCAUGAACUCAUUAAUCCAGAAUAUCCUCCUCUGCCUGAGGAUGUUAGUCUCUAUGGCAGGGAACAUGGAUCAGCUCCCUUUGCUGAUGACGAAAUGGAACAAUCCCGGACGCAUCAUGAGCCAAUUGAAAAAUCCCUAGAUGUCUCGACUGAGAAGAUUUCCAUGGCUGUGGAAAAGUCAGAAAAUGCCACGGCAGAGGAUGAAAAAAAUCCCGAGACUUCCUCUCAAAAUCCUGAUGAGAAAGUGAUGAUCAUUGAAGAGGAAAUGUCCUCACCAGAAUCCCUUAUGAUACCCCCACAUAAUCCUAAAGACGAUGCUGAGAGUCUCAAAUACCAACAGAUCCCAGUGGAUACAUCCCUACAAGUCGAGGACAAUCGUUCCUCAUCCUCUCCAGACUCCUCAGAGCCCAGAAGAGUUAAGAAAUAUUUGUAGUGAAUUAUCUCUCACAGAGAGAUCCACAGAAAAUCCCCUUUAGAUUGUAUUAAUUUAAUCUCCCAAGAUUUUAUUUAAUUAAUUAUGAUUUUUCUUUAUUUUUCUUUGAUAACAAAAACUGUUCCAAUAGGAAUUGAAAAAAAAGUUACAAGAAGAAAAAGAGAGAAAAGAACUUGAGAGUGCCAGAUUAUAUUUGUAGUUGAAAAAUUAUUAAUAAUUUUUUCACUACAAAUCUUUGUAAUUGUAAUCUAUUGAAUUUUUCUUAAGUAUUACAUUAAAUUGUUGAGAGGAAGAUCUAUUUAAAAAAAACCUUAAGGUGGAAACACAUUGACAUAGAAUUUUUAUCAUAGCGAAGUUCAUUGGGCAUACAGUAGACUCUUUCUCAAUUGGGCAUUUGGGGCAAAAUGUCAUCCGGUUUAUCGAUGGAUUUGGGCGUCAAACCCCUUGUAAAUUCCACAAAAAGCGCUCAAUUAUAAAGAAUCACGAUAAAAUAGGAAGAAUUACAGCGAAUUUGAGCAAAUUAGCUUCAUAAUUAAACGUGAAAAUUGUCAACAAAAUUUUUCGCCCCAUUGAAAAAGAUCCGAUUGUGCGAGAGUGUACCGUAAUCCUAUUGAAGCUCUUAUUGUGCUUAACCUAGUCACAGGACGACAUGAAGUGGAUAAAUUUCUCGACAAAAAGCUAAAUUAGCUUUGGCCAAGAAGAAAUCUUAAAAUAUGGGGUUAUGUUGUACCUAACCUUAACAAAGAAAAGGAAUAUUUUAGGUUAUAAAAAUUCUCCAAGCCUCAAGUAGAAAAA